CUUACAGUUUUGAGGAAUUCCAAGUGAUGCGACUUGAAGAGAUCCCUAGUUUCUUUUGUGGAAGUUUCAAUCCAUACAAAGAUAUUGACAUUGAAUUAUACUCACCAAAUCAUCGAGUUCAUCCAGCAGUAAUUCAAUAUAAUGAUAUCGAAAAAUUUGGAGAUGAAUACUUUAACAAAUCUUGGCCAACAAAGGUUAUCAUUCAUGGUUUUAUUUCUGGUAAUAAUUGGUUUGAUGAUCUCGCACCCCACUUUUCAGAAAAAAUUUAUGGAACAAAUUCAGGCGUAUUGAAUCAUCAUAAUUUGAUUUCUAUUAAUUGGCGAAAAGGAGCAAGUUACACUUACAUGUGUGCUCAUCAAUUUGUUGAAAGUGUUGGUAAUUUAGCGGGUGAUUUCAUAUACCGAGCUUCAAACGCUCAAAAGAUGAAUUUGUCUACUGUGGAAAUAAUUGGACACAGUUUGGGAGCUCAUGUUGCGGGAUUCAUUGGAAAAUCAGUACAUUCGCAAAGUAAGGGUAAAAUGUCAAUUCAGAGAAUUAUUGCGCUCGAUGCGGCUGGUCCUUGUUUUCAUUCUAUGAUUCCUCCUUUUACCUGCUUGUUUCUACGACAUGAUUUAGAACUUAAGCGCGAAGAUGCAAAUGAGGUUAUUGCACUUCAUACGAAUAGUAGAAAAAUAAUGCAAGUUUCUUCGAUAUUUCCUCUUUUUUCCAAAGGCUACUGGGGUUUACUUGGAACUGUUGAUCUAUGGUUAAAUGGUGGAAUGGUACAAGAUGAUAACACAAAUAUUCUAUCACACUUAUUCGCUGUUAAAUAUUACCUUCAUAUCAUGUAUAUGGAAAAACCAUUAACUGGAUAUACAUUCAAUUUUGAUGAUGUGGAUUCAAAAUAUACUGAAACUGCUAUGCUUGAAGAAAUGAAGAAAAAUUAUAUGAAUCCAAUUGAGAAAGUUUCGAUAUUCUUUAAUGAAACGCUCAAUCAAAAGUUGGGAAACAGGAUUGCACUUUUUGUAGACACUAACUCUGUAGAAAAUGAUCCAACCAUUCCUUAACCUGCUUUCACUUUGAGUUGAAAAACAGAUUUUAAAUAUUUCUUUUCAAUGUUUUUUAACAAUAUUUUUAUAA